AUGAACAUCUUAUAUGUGAAUAAUGAUAAGGAACUCCAGCUUAAUCUUUCUUCUGCAAGUUGGCAUGAUCAAUAUAAGCACUCAGCCUAUGUCUACGUCGGUGGUCUUUUCACUGGUCUAACAGAAGGAGACGUCAUUACCAUUCUAUCUCAAUUUGGUGAAGUCGCUGACAUCAAUAUGCCCCGCGAUAAGCAAUCUGGUAAUCCACGCGGUUUUGCUUUCGUCAUGUACGAAGAUCAGCGUAGUACUGUGCUAGCUGUGGAUAACUUGAAUGGGUCACAGGUGUUAGGACGCACCCUUCGCGUUGACCACGUCGAUAGAUACUCACAGCCCAAAGUGCGCAACGAGGACGGCGAGCUUAUCGAUGCUGAGAGCGAGCAACUCAAUGCGCGCUGGACUGAGCACGUUGGAGAGAGUAAUGAGAGUAAUGAGAUUAAUCAGGGUAAGGGUAAGAGACAUGAGGGAGAUAGCGACAGUGAGUUGGAAAGCGAAGAUCCUAUGGCUGCGUAUAUACGCGCGCAGCAGAAGGCUAGAGAAAGAAGAGAGGAAAGCACGCAAAGCUCAACGUGCGGUUAA